AUGGCGACCAUGGACCAGAUCUUCGCUGACUACGAGGCACGUCAGCGUACGCUCGUACAGGCACAAGCAUCCAACCCAUUCGCCCACGGCAUCGCCUGGAUCAACGGCGAAUAUGAGCCCUACCACGAAGCCCGAAUCCCCCUGAAGGACCAAGGCUUCCUACACAGCGACCUCACCUACGACGUCCCCGCCAUCUGGGACAGUCGCUUCUUCCGGCUCGACGACCACCUCAACCGCCUAGAAGCCAGCUGCCACAAGAUCCGCAUGACUCUCCCCAAGCCCAAGGAAGAGAUCAAACAGAUCCUGGCAGACAUGGCUGCUACCUCUGAGAUCCGCGACGCAUUCGUGGAGCUGAUCGUCACACGGGGCUUCCGGGGCGUGAGAGACACUCCGCAUGAUCAAAUCGUCAACAAUCUCUACAUGUUCAUCGUCCCGUACGUGUGGGUCAUGGAGCCAGAGAUGCAGCGCACUGGAGGCGAGGCGAUCAUCGCUCGGACCGUGAGACGCGUCCCGCCGGGCGCUAUUGAUCCAACAGUCAAGAACCUGCAGUGGGGCGACCUGACACGCGCAAUGUAUGAGGCACGCGACCGUGGUGCUCUCUACCCUUUCCUGACGGAUGGCGAUGCUCACAUCACCGAGGGAUCAGGCUUCAAUGUGUGCUUCGUCAAGGACGGAGUCUUGUACACGCCAGACCGAGGCGUGCUGCAGGGAAUCAGUCGCAAGAGCGUGUUCGAUGCCGCUCGUGUCAACAAUGUUGAGGUUCGUUGCGAGUUCAUCCCUGUCGAGCUCGCAUACCAAUCCGAUGAGAUCUUCAUGUGUACCACCGCUGGAGGAAUCAUGCCCAUUACGAGCUUGGACGGGCGCAAGAUUCGGGACGGCAAGGUGGGCCCUAUCACAAGGGCUAUUUGGGACGAGUACUGGGCUAUGCAUUGGAAUCCGCAGUACAGCUUUGAGGUCAACUAUGAGCAGCGUUCUGGGAAGGAGGAGUCGCCAGUCGGCGAUGACAAAGGAUUCAUCAGCGCUCAAUUAUAG